GCUACGAGUGCUUCUAGUUUGAAUCUUGGGCGGUGGUUGGCACGUAGAGAGAAACAACGCUGAAAUGGAUUUCGGUUUGUCCAGACUUCUUGUUGGGCUCUCUGUUCAGAUCAGUCGCAGCGAUGGUCGAGUCCAUUCUGCCACUGUGACAACUGUGGAUGCCACAAAGUCCACGGCCAUGGUGGAGUGGCUUGAGAGAAAAAUUACUCGCGGAAAAGAGGUCGAAAUCAAUGAAUUAUGCACCCUCAAUCCAGAGCUUUUGAACCAGAUAAAUGCUGUCUCAGAGAAAGCUGCUGCACCAACUGUUGCUGCUACAGACAAGAAGUACGAGAGUCGACUGCGCUCAUCAAAGAUUCCUGCUCCUUCCUCCUCCUCUUCUGUCCCGGUCGCAAAGGCUGACGAGUCAGAUGUUACUCGGUCCCGACAGACGUGCUUGUUCCAGAUCCCAGCUCCUCCAGCACAGGUUUCAACUACUGCAAACCCAGAGAGGAGCCAUGCUGAUGUCAAACAAUCUCCAGUCCUAACAAGCUCUGUUGUUUCCAAUCAACAGCGUAGAGGGAAUGAUGUCAAACCAGCACCAUCACAUUUUCUACGUGAGUCCAUAAAGGAAAAUGAACCUAAAGGAAUGAUUACUCAGUCUUCCUCCACAGUCAGAAGAAAAUCAGUGGCUCCCCAGGAGUUAAACAAAGGCAACAAAAGGCUGUCUUGUGUGAUAAAGCCCUUUGACGCGCAGCCCAAGAGAGGAAAGUUUGGGGAAGCUUCUAGGCCAAACCAGAAGUUUUAUGAGAUGAUUCAAGACUUCAGAGAGAACCUGGAGAUAACGCCGUUAUCAACUACAAACGUGACUCAGUCUCUCAGAAUUUGUGUGUGUGUUCGUAAGCGCCCCUUAAACAAGCAAGAGAUGAAUAAGAAGGAGAUAGAUGUGGUGUCUGUACCUGGCAAUGGUACAUUACUGGUCCAUGAGCCUAAACAAAAGGUGGACCUCACCAAGUACUUGGACAACCAGGUCUUCCACUUCGACUACUCCUUUGACCAUAGUGCCACCAAUGACCUGGUCUACAAGUUUACAGCCAAACCUUUGGUACAGUCCAUCUUUGAGGGCAGCAAGGCAACUUGCUUUGCCUACGGACAGACGGGGAGCGGGAAGACGCAUACAAUGGGAGGGGAUUUCACAGGAAAGCAACAGAACAGCACUAAAGGAAUAUACGCCCUGGCAGCCCACGAUGUUUUUGCGUACCUCAACCACAAGAAGUAUGCCAAUCUGGAUCUGUCUGUCUACGUCAGCUUCUUUGAGAUUUACAAUGGCAAAGUAUAUGACCUGCUAAAUAAGAAGGCCAAGCUCCGGGUUUUGGAGGACGACAGACAGCAGGUUCAGGUGGUGGGGCUGGAAGAGGUCUAUGUGUCCUCAAAAGAAGAGGUCAUCAAGAUAAUACAGGCGGGCAGUGCAUGCAGGACAUCUGGCCAGACGUCAGCCAAUGCCAACUCAUCUCGCUCUCACGCUAUCCUUCAGAUUUUGCUACGUUGCAAUGAUCGUGCAAGCACACUGCACGGCAAAUUUUCAUUGGUCGAUUUAGCUGGCAAUGAGCGCGGCACAGAUGUAAGCAGCAACGACCGCAGCACCAUGGUGGAGACCGCUGAGAUCAAUCGCAGUCUACUUGCUCUUAAGGAAUGUAUUCGUUCACUGGGAAUGAACAGCGAUCACAUUCCUUUUCGGAUGAGCACUCUUACCAAAGUGCUGAGGGAUUCCUUCACUGGGGAAAAGUCCAAGACCUGCAUGAUUGCCAUGGUGUCUCCAGGCAUGACUUCCUGUGAAUAUACUAUGAAUACCUUACGUUAUGCCAACAGAGCGAAGGAGCUGAAAGGCAAUCCCAAAGUAAAUGGAGAACCUAAGGCACAGCAACCUCUUAACAGUUCCUCAGAGGAGGAGGAAACUAGUGUGGAGACCAGUGUCUAUGAUGUCGUAUCUCAUGUGGCAGACUUGGAGGAGACCGUGUAUGCAGAGCUCAAGAAAGGAGCUGAACUUUUAAAAGAAAUGGACCAAAUCUCCUACGACAUUGAGGCAGGAAUUCCAGGGUUGGUGGAUCAUUCCCGGAAGUUAAUGGACAUGGUUCUGGCUCUGCAGUCUGCUGUGGGGGAGGAGAGACUCAUGAGGCUGAACCACUAACUGCCCAAAUCAGCAACCUGAGAGAUCAACAAACUGUUUUUACUGUCUUUCAAUUGUGUGUUUUUGUGUUAUUAUUUUUGUCAUAAAUAAAAUGUUUUGUAACACCAUUUACAAAUAAAGGAUUGUCUUAUCUUACAAAAAACAUGUUUAGUCUUGUUUGUAGCUUUAAAAACUACUGGUGUACUUCACUGGAUGUAAAACAUAAGGGGGACAUUUUUUUUUUUUUUUUUUUUUUUAAAUGGAAAUAGGAGUCACUGACAUUUAUUUUCAUCAGUAACUGACAAGAAUUUGCAAUUAAUUUAUGUGUCUCUAGAAUAAAAGUUGGAACUUCACUUAUAUCAAGUUAUCGUGCCCUUAAAGCUGCUUCAUAAUUUUCAUCAUUUUUGCAAGUGGUUAAAAAUAAAUGAAAUAGAAGGGAUCAUAAAAGAGGAGCUUUGUUGUACAAGUCGAUCUACGGGGAGGAAACGAGAAACUGAUCUGGUCAGUCGUUACAUCAUCGGUGUUAUUGGUGCUCACUUUAUGACAAGUCAAAAAAGUAAUCCCCGAAUUUGGGAAGUAGUCAAAUUGAUGCUUCGUUAAGAAGAUGGUGUCUGCAAUAUGAACAUCAUCUGAAGAUUAUAGAUGUGGGAUGUAAAACUUCUGGCCACUAUCUCCGCUUUGAGAGCAGUCGACCGAACAAAUUCUAUGGAUAAUGGACAAAAAUCUGUUGACUGCACCUCACAUUUAUAGAGGUAUGUUUUUAUCUCUCUUAAUGUGCAAACUAACUUGGAUUAAAUUCAACUUUAUAGGCUCCAUGUCAUUGACAGCUACUAAUCAAGCUAGAAAUCUUGGUGUAAUUAUUAUUGACUCAGACCUGAACUUCAACAGCCAUCUAAAGUUUAUCACUAAAUAUGCCUAUUACCACCUGAAAAACAUUGCUAGAAUUAAAGGGUUUCUGUCUAAACAAGAAAAACAUUCAUGCAUUCAUUUUCAGUAGGUUGGAUUAUUGCAAUGGCAUCUUUACAGGCCUUAACAAGAAAUCAAUCAGGCAGCUGCAGCUGAUCCAGAACGCUGCCGUCAGAGUCCUUACAAACACCAGGAAACUGGACCACAUUAUGAAAUCACUACACUGGCUUCCAGUGAGUCAAAGAAUAGAGUUUAAAAUCUUACUGCUGGUCUACAAAGACCUGAAUGGUCUUGGACCAAAAUACAUGCUUGAUUUUAUUUUUGUUUUUAUUAUGCUUAUUUUUUUUCAAUCAAAAUGUUAAGCACUUUGUAUUUCAUGUACGUGGAUGAAAGCUGCUAUACAAAUAAAAUGUGAUUGAUUGAUUGAAGCUUUAUUGUUUUG